UGAUAUGUUCGUAUUUUCCAGAAAAAAGAAAGGUUAUGUAAUUACAAGAAACGUGUAUUUCCAGCUCUUGACAGAUACAUGCAUGGCGAUGACUUACCAAUACACAUCUCAAUAUUCAUGUGUUUCUUUGUCUUUUUAAAUGUCUUAUAAUUGUCCUUUUUCUUCUUUCUAGAAUACGACGUUGAUUUGUAUUAAAAUUGUUGAAUAUAUAAGUUUCUCGGCUUAAUAAUAAUACACAGACACUGAAAAGAAAAAUACACAACUGAGACACAAAGUUUAAACUAAUUUUUCUACUAAUGCUCAAAACUGCUCGGUUGAUAUAUGCAUGCUUUACAGUUUACUAACUAAAAUCACAACUCAUAUUUUAAAAAAGUAUAUACGAAAAUAGGGAAUAUCUUCAUUUUUUGUCACUAUGUAAAAUAUCUUUUAGAAUGUUAUAAAUUUUUAUUUCCCUAAAAUACAUAAUAUUGAAAUUUCCUAUAAUCUCAGAGUAAACACAAUCAAAUUGCUAACAUGAAUCUAUAGGAAAAUAGCAAUAAUAGCUAGUCAUUCAACUAUCGUUGCUUAGUUAGACCAACCAUCGUUGGAUUUAAAUAUUCAAAGUACAUAGUUUCAUGGUCACUCAAAGAUAACGUUCCAACAGAUUUGGUUAUAUAUUUCUAUAAGAGUUCGUUUAUUCAACGCAUAUUUCAUUCCGACUAAGAAAAUUUACUUAGAAAAAGCGAUAUUAUAUCAAUUUGAAUUUUAAAAUUGCUAAUCCAUAUUUUGACGAAAAAUUUUCAUCGGUCAACUAAAACGUUUUGGAUAUGAUUUUCUUGAAUAUUUCUCUAAAAAAUUGAAAACUUUCCAAAGUUUCAAAAAAAAAAAAUCUAUUCAAGAACAAAAUAUUUGGUAAAUCGGCCAACCUUUGACUAAGAAAAUUACAAUUACUUCAUCAUAAAUAGAAUGACAGAAAAUAGUGGUAAGAGAAUAGUAAAAUAUCAUAUUAUUCAGGAACAACAUGAACUGACCAAUUCAGAGUAAACAAUAAAUUUUAAAAUCAGAGAAAAUUAAAUAAAAAGAGAGAAAACAGUGCCCUGCCAUAAUUCCACUUGGACUCGUAUCCUUUUCACAUAAACCGAAAAAGCCAAGAAAUAAGCAAUUAAGAAAAAAUAAACUAAACAAAAGACAAAACGGCUCUGGCAAAAUCUCUGACCUUGGAAGAUAAAAGAUACUAGUUCAGUCACAUAAUCAGCAUGUGUACGUCGUUUCUUUAGCGCUAAUAUUAAACAUAAACCAAAAAGUUAUUACCUAUAUAUAUAAUAAUAGUCUCAGAUAAAUAUUAACCCAACAAAGUCUCCCUCUCUCUCUCUCUCUCAUUUUCAAGUUUGUCAGUUACUUUACUCCGUUCAUCUUUUCUUCGAUUCUCAUCAAUACAUAUUUAUAAGGUGGCCUUUACAUGCAUCGUUGUAUUGAAAAAACCAAAGUUUACUUCCCGAGAAAGUCUUUAAUAAUCAAGAAAGAUCGUUUCUACUUCUCUCUCUUUUUUCUUUCCUCUGAAACAAGAUGGCGAUACAAACGCAGUUGAAUUACAACGCUUCGAACGUUAUUAACCAAAUCGUGAUGGACGAGUUGUACAUGAACAAUAACAACCAACAACAUGCUCUGUUUAAUCAACAGAGCUUUUUAGACGCUCUUAUGGAGAAACAGAGGCAAGAGAUCGACCAGUUCAUCAGAACACAGAGCGAGAGGUUGAGAUACGCGUUGCGAGAACAGAGGAGGCAAGAGACGGAGACUCUGCUGAGGCAAAUGGAGGCGAAAGCUUUGGUUUUGAUGACGCGGAAGGAAGAAGAGAUGUCGAGAGCGCUGAGCAAGAACAUGGAGCUCGAGGAUCUGCUGAGGAGAAUGGAAGCUGAGAACCAAACGUGGCAGAGGAUGGCUCGCGAGAGCGAAGCAACGGUCGCGACGCUUAGCUCCACGUUGGAACAGGUGAAAGAGAGAGCUGUGACGUGUUGCAAGGACGAAGGGUCGUGCUGCGGAGGAGGAGAUGAUAGUGUUCCGGGGAAGAGGAUGAGUGGUUCUUGUUUGAAUUGUGGGUCUGAUGGAGAGACGAGAGUGCUGUUUCUGCCGUGUAGGCAUCUCUGUUGCUGCACGGAGUGCGAGGCUGGACUUGUUGUUUGUCCAAUCUGUAGCACUCCCAAGAAGAAUAGAAUCGAGGCCAUUACUUUCUAGGGGAGAACUGUUUCCCCGUGAACGGAGAGGUUUUUACACCGGGGAGGUGACGUGGCAGGGAAGUAAUGGUGGUCUUCGAGAAGUGUAGGGGUAAAAAGGGAAAGUCAGACUAGGAGGAAACUAAGAAUAGGAAAAGGUUUAUCAAGAAGUAAAUUUCUGGUUAGGGGUUCUUUUGUUUGUUUAUUUGUUUCUUUUUGCAUCCAAUGGAGAUGUGAAAUCCAGCUGGAUUUUGAUGAACAUAAUCCAUAUAUUUUCCUUCUAUAUAAUGACCUUUUGAAUCCAACUCUUAUGUGAUUCAUUUCCUUUCAUAAAUU